CAGAUGUUUCAAGCAUGGGAUACAGCUGAAGAGAUACUUCUAACUGGCUUGUUUAGGAUUCCAGAAUCAGUUGAUGUAACUGAUUAUAGAAAGGAAUGAAGCAAUAUUCAAUAUGUAAUCAACAUUCCAAUUCUAGGAGUUUCUUUGUAUCCUUUUUUCUGUUUACAGAUGACACAGUUGAUGAACAGUGGGAAUCAGACCAUGGUGGCUGAGUUCCUCUUCUCCAUGUUCCCACAUCUUCAUGAAGGUGGCCUCUUAUUCUUUAUCCCCUUGCUUCUCAUCUAUUGGUUUAUCAUAACUGGGAACCUAGUGAUAUUCAUUGCCAUCCAGGUGGACACAGUCUUGCGCACCCCUAUGUAUUUCUUUAUCAGUGUCCUCUCCUUCCUGGAGAUCUGGUAUACCACCACUACCAUCCCCAAGAUGCUCUGCAGCCUAGUCAGUGAGCAAAAGACCAUCUCCCUGGCUGGCUGCCUCAUGCAGAUGUACUUCUUCCACUCUCUUGGCAUCACAGAGGGCUGUGUCCUGACAGCAAUGGCCAUCGACAGGUACAUCGCUAUCUGCAAUCCUCUCCAUUACCCAGCCAUCAUGACUCCCAAAUUUUGUAUCCAAUUGACAGCUGGGUCCUGCCUCUGUGGCUUUCUCCUUGUGCUCCCUGAGAUCGCAUGGAUUGCCACCCUGCCCUUCUGUGGCUCCAACCAGAUCCACCAGAUAUUCUGUGAUUUCACCCCUGUGCUGAGCUUGGCCUGCACAGACACAUCCUUGGUGGUCAUUGUGGACGCCAUCCAUGCGGUAGAGAUCCUGGCCUCCUUCCUGGUCAUUGCCCUCUCCUAUGUCCGGAUUAUCAUGGUGAUUCUGGGGAUGCCCUCAGCCGAGGGCCGUCACAAGGCUUUUUCCACCUGUGCUGCCCAUCUUGCUGUGUUCUUUCUAUUUUUUGGCAGUGUGGCUGUGAUGUAUUUGCAAUUCUCAGCCACUUACUCAGUGUUUUGGGACACAGCAAUUGCUGUCACUUUUGUUAUCCUUGCUCCCUUCCUCAACCCCAUCAUAUACAGCCUGAGAAACAAAGACAUGAAAGAGGCUAUAGAAAGGCUUUUGUGCCAUAAAAAGAAGGCUGGCGGGGCAGGGAAAUAGAUCUAUAUCCUGGAAACUCUGAAAAGCCUCUUGGAAAUGCAGAA